AAGGCUUUAAACUGACGAAAUCUUUGAUCUUGUUUUGUUUUUUUUGUCUUGCGAUAACACAAAUAAUAUGAGGCACAACGCUCCCGUCCAGUAAUUGCACUGUUGAUUCACGUAAAUUUUCCUGUUUUCUGCAUGAUAAAAAUUACAGCACCAUCGUGGGCCCAUUUCCCAUUUAGCUGAAAAGGGCCACUCCCUUUAUACAUGUUGCAUUGACGGAGAAUUGUUCGGUCGGGGAAGCUUAUUUCUACAUGCAGUUAUAACAGUUGGGAAGAGUCGUCUGCUACACAGAUUAUCGAUUUCUCGUCUGCUGAUAACCUGGCAGCGCCAUCUGGUGGGUGGGCAGUGCGCUAAUCAAUGGCGCACUGCGUGGGUUUAUAAUCAUAAAUUAUGAUCACGUGGUCGGUAUGAGGAAGCCGUGGAUUUCACCAUGAGGCUAAAUGUUUUGAUGUUAGCGCACCUUUUUGGCCGCCAUGUUGUUUUGCGAAUGAGACUUACUGAGGUAACCGCACAUCGAGGGCAGUGUAUAUAGUGAGAGCGGGCGCUGAGAUCACCUGUGGUUUUCUGUCAGGUCCGUGCUGCCUAUCGUGCUUGGUUGUGCGAGGAAGAGCAUGAUUACAGAAACAGUGUUGAUAUUCCACGCGUGUGUGUGGCUCACUCGAAGCGUUGAUGUUGCUGGUGUUACGAGCGCAGAUGGCCGGACUAGAGUUCUAUGAUGCUGUCUUUAACAACGAGCUAGAGCUUCUCAAGCGGCUGGUGGCCCAGCACAAGAUCGACUUAAACGCUAAGUUUGUGGACGUCCGUAAGAAAAACCAUGCGGACCUGUGUCCUAUUCACCUAGCCGUAUAUAGAGGUUACACUUACAUGCUCCAAUUCCUUAUCGAGUCCAAAUGUGACGUGAAUCUGACGACCGCCGUACUGAGAAGAACCGCCCUCCAUUUUGCUGUGCUGCAACAUAAGAUGGCUUGCCUUCUUUUGCUUCUGGGCGCUGGCGCCAAAAUUGACGCCAAGGAUACGUUCGGCAACUCGCCCUGCCACUACGCCGCCGACGACGGCUACUGUCAGAUUCUAGACGUCAUCACGCGACGCGGGGGCAACGUAAACACCCAAGACAUAACGUCAAAGACGCCACUGAUGAAGGCUGUGCGCAACAACAAAACGGACGCCGUUUUGCGGCUAAUCCGAGCGCAGUGUAACCUCAACCUGGUGGACCGGAACAGCGACAUGGCGCUACACUAUGCAGCCAGGAAUGGCUGCGCCGACAUCCUCGAUAUCCUCCUAUCCUCCGGCAGCCAUUUUGACGUACAGAACUACUGGGGUCGGACGCCACUGAUGGAAGCUGUCUGCUACAACCACAAAGACACCGUGGCUCUACUAAUACAAGCGAACUGUGAUCUGGACCGGAGAGAGUUCAAGACAGGCGAUACUGCGCUUCAUAUAGCCAUUCGACGUAACUACACGUCGGUGGUUGAGCUACUGCUCGCCGCCGGUAGCCGCCAUAACAUCUUCAACCAUCAGGGCGAGACGGCGGCGUUCGAGGCCGUGAUGAGCAACAAGUCCGACAUCGUCCGCAUGAUGAUUAUUUAUAACUGUGAUCUUGAUAUACCGGGAAAAUACUACCCGGAUGGAACCUACAAAUCCUUGUUCCAGCUAGCCGCGGAGAAGGGACAUUUCGUUAUCUGCCGUCUACUAGCAUCCUACGGAUACGUGGAUUUCAAGGCCAGAGGUCACUUUUACCCCAAUUACAUACCGUCAAGGGUGACAGAUCAAGACCGGAUAGUGCAGUGGCUGCGCAAGCGCAUGCACACAGCCACAUCUCUACAACAACUCUGCCGGAAGUGCAUCCGCAAAAACAUAGGUCAUCGCAUUCUGCAAAAAGUAGAAACUUUACCGAUGCCCCGUGCUUUGAAAGAUUACGUCCUUGUGAAAGGUAUUAAAGACACUAUCGACUAACUGUUGUAGGCUUACGUGAUCGGAACCGGAAGCCGUCAGACAUGCGCUGUGGAGGCCUGACAUGCACUGCGGAGGUAUGACAUGCACUGUGGCGGUCUGACAUGCACUGUGGAUGUCUGACAUGUACUUUGGGGUUUUAACAUGCACUGUUGAGGUCAGACAUGCAGUCUGGGGGUCACACGAGCAUUGUGGAGGAUUAACAUGCAUAGUGAAGGACUAACAUGCAGGGCGAAGGCUACAAUUAAAACGUCGCUCAAAUGCGCCAAUACGCUGUGACGUAGGCCUAACAGGAGAUGCACACAUAUAUGAUGGCUUUGAUGUUCUUGUUUGGAGGCUCCCCCCAAAGUGUAUGUCUAAUGGAUAAAAUCUGAAUUUGAAGAUCCUGCUGAUUUUACACCUAGUUUGGUAUAUAAAAAAAUCCGUUCUUCUCUAAAUUGCAGAUGCCCUAACUCCUCGGAUCAUAUCUUAGUUUUAAUCAUAUGUACAGGCCUACCAUGGUAAAACAUUUACAGCGACAAAGAGCCUAGUAGGUUUAUAUAAGAUUUCUUAUUUAGGAGAAAUAUUCUGUUAUGAUUAGGGGCCUACAAUAUGGGUUUAUUUAUAGAGUAAUCAUCUCCAUUCCUAGCCUAUGUCCUGAAAUGAAAGCAGGACAUCUUUCCAAUUAAUCGAAAAUCAGCAUUUAAGCAUGAUAGAAACGUGUAUAUAGCUCUGGCCGAAUUUGCGAACGACUCACCAACUUACAACUCACGGGCGUGGCGGUGGCGUAAAUCGCCGAGGAGAGACCGAACAGUCAAGGGGAGACCACCGGUCAUGGAUAUGUAUGAAGGGCAGAUAACUCGGUGUGUUCCCCCGCCCAUGGUGACGGACCUUCUGGCCCGAAAACAUCAUUCUGCCACAUAUUGUAUACGACAAAAAUUGUCGGCACCAAACAGGCUGUGACAUUAGAUGAUAUAUAAAUAUAUGAUAAAUGUUACAUGAAUUGUUUGACAUUAUGAUGUUACUAAAUACAGACAUGUGUCACUGUUGUAAGUGAGUGUGGGCCUACGCUGGUCUACAUAACGUAGACCACCAUAGCCUGCGUGGUAUAGCCCUACUUUCAGAUUCGGACGCUGUACACACGUCAUAGUUAUGCUUUCAGUUCUCCUAACAUCACAGUUUAUUAACUGCUCAAAGCUUAAUUAAAGAUAAGUCCGCAACGAAAGUGUUAAAUCUUGUGACAUGGUCUUUUGUGUACGGUGACAAACUAGAUGAAAACUUUAGACCUACCGGUACUUAUAGUUUACAGAAAUAAUUCAAUUUUGUUUUAGUUACCGGGCAGUUAAAAGUGACAUUUUCCGGGACUUUUAAUUUUAAGCUUACUUGAAAGCAAAGCGAAGAGCAUUUUGAGUAUGUGCUUUGUAUUGUUUUCAUUCGGGAUAAAGGUCUAAUUUUUUCUUCUAUCAAAUCCGUGAACUGCCGUUAAUUGAUAAUGAAUGUCGGAUGUGAUCAAUACGUUGUAUUUGAAGUGUACAAAUAAGUUGUAUUUGAAGUGUUUCAAUACCUUGUAGCCCAUUUGAAGUGUACCAAUACGUUGUAUUUGAAGUGCACUAAUACAGAAUUGAUGUUGUAGUUAUAGGCCUAAUGCUAACAGACAACACUCGUCUGAUUGGCUUAUAUGGAAAUGUACAUACUCAGAGAUAACCAAUGAGAUUAUCGGACGUACGAAAUGCUGGCAUGUAUUCCUGAUAUUUGACGGUGUGUCACUAUAAUAAUAAUAUUGAAUUGUUAAACAAUGUGAUAAAUGCAUAAACUUUGAAAAGCGUCACAUUUCAUGAGGUAAAAGAUAUGGACCCAUACAAGGAGCAACGCUAAACGGUUCAGCCCGCCUGGUCAUGGAAUACACGUGUUUCCUAUGCCAAUGCAUCAUAUAAAUGGAUUUCGCUUUAUUGGAUUUCCAAUCGCUGAUUUUGUUUCAAAUUGCUUCUGAGGAGGCCUGCUUAAAGGAAAAUCAGGUUUUUCUUGCCUGAGGCGUUGAGAUGGGGGAGGGGCGCAUGUAAAAUGCCUGGGGAAUGAUCGAUGAGCUGUGUUGUUUUUGACAAAUAUGCCAAUGCUAACAAAAUUACAAAGGGCUUAAUGGCAGUUAUGCUUCUAAAUGUAAACAUUCCGUUUUAUUUUGACAUCAGUGCAGCACGGUGCGUAGGUGAAAAAUUUGUGAUCCAAAAGAACAAGGAAACCGUGAUUCUUUCCGCGAAAUUGCGUACCUGUAUGUUUUUUGCCUGGAAGUGUUUGUUUAUGUUGAAGUAUGUAUUUUUAUUCCUGUACAAUGCUUUCAGUUCUGUAAGCAAUUUAUUGUUGUAAGACCACUAAAGUCUAAACCCCUUGUAUAGCCUGUUUGAAGUAUAUGCGGAUUUUUUUUGUUGGGUUUUUUUUUUUUUAAAUUUCAACGACAUAAUUUCUCGCCUGUUCCACUAAAACGAUGCGUAAAUCUUCAUACUUCUGCGUUAACGGUUUUCUUCCUGUUGUAUUUUUAAGUUCCCAAAUCGAUCCAUAUACACGUAUGCAUAUACACGGAGCUGUUAUUCGGCAAAUCGAUAUAUGUGAAAGGGAAACUGUUCUCCCACUAGACUUGUACCUUGUACAGCCUGCACCACGUGACCUAAGGUGUCGCCUCGCCUCUAACAAACAUUGCCUGUGAUGUCCCCGAAUAUAAAUACGAUGAUAUAUAUGUAUACAUAUAACCUUAAUAUAGCAAAUGUAACUGAUUGUUCCUUAUGGCAUCCAAGAUAUCGAUAAAACGGGUACUGUUAUUACACAAUACACAUGUCAUGUGUCACGUGGUUACUUGAUAUUGAUUCACCGAGAUAAUAUAUAAUGUUACGUGUGGUCAUCUCCCAUGG